GCAUGGUCACCCGCCAUUUCGCGACUAAAGUUGUCUAAACCAUACCCUUAUCAACGCGUCCUGAAUGUCGUGGUGAGUCUGCUGUUUGUGUGGAAUUUUUGUAGAACUAAUAUAAAAUCAUUUCUCGACUAACCGUCGCGUGAAUUCCUUAACCUGCCGAUUUUCGCUCUACGAUCAAAACACUCGUAACUCAAUUAAUAUUAUUGUGUUCUACACAGCAGUCUGAGGAAAGAAAAGUAUCAACGAUGGAUAAAUCGGAGGGGAAGAAAUCUGCUGGUUUAAAAGAAACCAAUAAAACAGAACAAUAUUUUAUUGGAUUUGAUAUUGAUGAUGAUGUAUUGAUAAUUAUUGAAAAUAAGAAAAAAUUUAUAAAAAUGGAACUAAGUAAAGAAACAGGUGAACCUAUGGAAGUAGAAGAUGCAUCCAUUGUUAAUAACAAUCAGGUUAAUAAAAAGAUACAGUCCAGAUCAAAUAUAUCAUCACUAGAACCCAAUGAUGUUAAGAACAAUUGGAGUAAUAAGAGGCUUAAGAAAGAGAAUUUACGCAGUGAUGCCUUAGAACAAGUUCCCCCUACUUUAGAACUUACUACUCCAACAUUCAACUUUACCUCUUCGAACACUAGAACAAGCCGUAGUAGGGGUAAAAAAAUUAAUGUUGAUAUCAGGGAUGCUAUUUAUAAACUUCCAUUCAAGCAUGGUUGGAAACGAGAAUUAGUAUACAGAACAUCAGGUGAAUCUACUAUUCUUAAUCGCACAAAUAGAAAUGGUGAUGUAUACUAUUAUUCUCCGACUAACCAAAAACUUAGAUCAUUACGAGAAAUUCAAGAACAAUUGGACAUCUUAUCUGAUAAAGAUCUAACCAUAGAAAGUUUUACAUUUUUAAAACAACCAAUUGGCAUGAAUGAUCGAUCUAAAGAACUUAUCAGAGAUGCAAAUUCUAAAUUAUCUAAAGAAGACUCUUUUGUUGGUGUUGCUGUUAAACCUAAAAAAUCUAAGACAUCCCUACAGCGUCCACCAUUUGAUUUUGAAUUGUCAGAUGAUGAAAACAACAAGUCUUCAAGUAAAAUGAAAAUUGUUUUUAAAAAUACUAGGAGCUUCUCUACAUUGAAAUCUAAAAAAGGUAUUUCAGAAUCAAUGAAUACAUCUUCAUCUACACCUGAAUACAUAUCUGAAGACUGCCAAGCUACUCAAUCUAGUGCAUCACCAAAAGUUUCUUCUCCAAAACUUGAGAAAAUUGAAAUAACCAACACAAUAGUUAAAAGAAGGAAUUCUGAAAUAAAUGGAUCUUUAAGAGAAAUUGUAACACCUUCCACAUCCAUGCAAUCAUUCAAUUACAUGGCUAUAGCGUUGAGACAUGUUUUUAAAUAUUUGAAAAUGGAUGAGCUUUUAUCAGCUUCUAGAGUAUGUACCGCCUGGAAUAUAAUCGCAAUGAAUAAAACCUUAUGGCAGAAUGUUCGUUUAAAAAAUUCUAUGGUCUAUGACUGGGAAAAAUUUGUAGAUUCAAUUGAUCAACAAUUAACUGAUACAUUAGACACUAGACGUAUGUUGAUGCCAUCUAAAGUUGAAGACUUCGAAAGUUUUUGGUUGCAAUUUGCAAGGGCAAUGAAAAGAGCGCAACAGUUAAAAUUCAUUGACUUGUAUAGAUGUCCUGUUACUGUUGUUGAAGAUAUUAUUUACUCAUUACCUCAAAUUAAAGUACUUAGUGCUACUUCAAUAAAAAAUCCAAAUUUGAUGAAAGAGAUGAAAGAUCCCAACGAUUUAAUGUACAUAAACUUAAAUUAUUUGGGACAAAUGACCAUGCUCACAGAUUUAAGACUAAAGGGCUUAACUGGAAUGAAAUUGACGGGAUUGUCAUCAUUUGAAAAUUUAAUACAUCUGAAGAGAUUGUCAUUAACCUCUUUCAAAGUAUUUCCAAAAGAGAUCUAUAAGAGAUUGAAUACUAUUACUGAUAAUAUUGAGUUUUUUGAAAUUGGUGAUUGCGAAAGCUUAACAAAGGAUUUUGCUGUGCCACUUAAAAGAUUUGUCAAUUUGAAAACAUUGAGAUUAGAAAAUUGCUGUAAUGAAUGGGAUCAAUCUGCACAGGAUGUUUUUACUGUCAUUAGAGGUCUUGAAAAGCUCAAUGUUCUGGAAUUGGUAAACAUAGAAUUCAGUAAUUGUGUCGAAGAAGAAUUGGAAAAAUGUGAUGGUAUUAAAGCUUUACUGAUUAUUCCUGCUUACAUGAGCCAAUCCGCAACUACUAACCGUCACCUGAUCGAAUGUCUCAAGAAACUCUCCAAGACAUUAACUCACUUGAUUUGGGGACUAACUCAUGAGUUACUCCGUGUUACUGACUUAUUUAUAACUCAAUAUCUUCAGAACCGGCAUACUAUUGGUUAUAAUUUAGAAUUAUCCCAUACCAACAAAACAACCGACAAUAUACCUAUACUCAGAACAAGAAGGCACCGUCAGCAACCAGACGACCAGACUACUCCAGAAAAAGAAAAUCCCGAGUCAGAUAAUGUUGAUAUACUUUCAGUUCCUGAUUUAGAGAAAAUGUUAGAAACUAUGAUGCCUAAUGCUAAGACCAAGAUAGUUAAAGUUCCCUUUUCUGGAACAACUAGAGUUUAUUUGAGUGAUCAUUUAAAUAAUCUCUAAAAUAAUUGUAUAGUAUUCAUUAAUUGUUUCUUUACAUGAGAAACAUUUUGUGAUAUAAUUUUAUUUUUUGUGACCAGGAAAUUUUUUUUUUUUAUUUCAAGGUGGAGAUUUUAAUAA